UACCGCGUCCAAAGCGUUCGCCCUAAAACCUCUCUCCUCCUUCCGAAAACCCCUAGCCUCUCUCAAAAAAGAGCUCCGUUUUCCUCUCGAAGGCGAUUCUAGGUCUACUCCUCAAAUGGAGAAGCUCGAAAUCCACAGGACAGACUUCGUCGACUGGAAACCCUCGGCCGUCGUCGCUCUCGCCACCAGCGUCGACGGAUCGAAGGUGGCGGCGGCGAGGGAGGACGGGAGCGUUGAGCUCUGGCUCGUAUCUCCGGGGACCGUCGACUGGCAUUGUGAAUUGACGAUACAUGGAAACCCUAGGUCGAGGAUUUCGUCGCUGGUGUGGUCUGGAUCGAGGCUGCUGUCGUCGAGUAUUGAUGGUUCGAUUUCGGAGUGGGAUCUGUUCUCGUUGCAACAGAAGACUCUUCUAGAUUCAGUUGGAGUGUCAAUUUGGCAGAUGAAUGUAGAACCGCUUGAUGAUUGUCCACAUUCUAAGAAAAUUAACUCACAUCAAAUGGCCAGUGGAGAUGCAAAUGAUCUUUACAGUGAUUGUGAGUCUGGUUGUACUGACGAUGAUUAUGAUUUAGAUGAAUCUCAUACUGCAUAUAUUGGAAAAAAUGAUCAGCGGGUAGCCGUUGCCUGUGAUGAUGGUUGUGUACGAUUAUAUUACAUGUCCGAUACAAAUGGACUAACUUAUUAUAGAUCAUUUCCUCGAGUUAGCGGACGCAUCCUAAGUGUUGCUUGGAGUUUCAAUGCAAAGCUAAUAUUUUCCGGCAGUAGCGAAGGUAUCAUAAGAUGCUGGGACACUACAUCAUUUCAUGAAAUUUAUCGCAUCACAGCUGGCCUUGGUGGCUUGGGUAGUGGACCGGAGUUCUGUGUCUGGUCGUUGCUGUCCUUAAGGUGUGGCACGCUAGUCAGUGGGGAUAGUACGGGUAGCGUCCAGUUUUGGGAUAGCCAUAAUGGAACUCUUUUGCAAGCACAUACCUAUCAUGAAGGUGAUGUUAAUGCUCUAGCAAGUGAUCCUAGUCAUGAAAGGGUUUUUUCUGCUGGUUCUGAUGGAAAGGUGAUCCUUUAUAAGAUGGCUAAUGAUCCAGCUGAUUGUCAUGAAGAGGACCUUUCUACAGAAAAUGGAAACAAAUGGGUGCCUGUUGACUACAAGCGAGUGCACACCCAUGAUGUCAGGGCCUUGACAGUUGCAGUGCCAAUUACUAAUGAAGAUGCAUUGCCUGAUGAAAGAUUGCCAAAAUUACGUAGACGAGCAAAGCCUGUGAAUUUCAGUUAUCGUAAAUGGGCACAGUUAGGAGUUCCUAUGCUCAUUUCUUCUGGUGACGAUAGCAAGCUCUUUGCUUACCCUGCAAAAGAGUUUACCCAGUUUGAUCCUCAUGACAUUUGCCCUGCACCUCAGCGAGUAUCUAUGCAGUUGGUCAACAAUACUGCCAUAGAUGGGCAUUUGAUGUUUGCUCAGCAGAUAGGACAGUUGGAUGUGAUUCUUGUGAGCUUAGAUCAUCACUCAUCUCCAAAUAUACCAAAAACAAAAAAUCUGGCUCGUAUUAAAACCAAGGAGUGUCGAAAAAUCAUCUCCAGUGCUGUAUCUAACAAUGGAAUGUUUAUUGCGUAUUCUGACAAUGUGAGACCCUGCCUCCUUGAGUUACGGCAAAAAGGAGGAAAUAGCAAUUGGUCUCUCAGUAAGUUACAACUACCUCGGGGGUUGCAAUUUGCGCACUGCAUGGUCUUCAGCAGUGAUUCUUCUCACCUGAUGCUAGCUGGCCAUGAUAGAAAGAUACAUGUCGUGGACUUGAAGAAGUCUGAAGUGGUGCAUACUUUUAUACCCCAAAGGAAGGAGGAGAAGAUGAAUGAUGCAUCUAGAGAACCUCCCAUCACAAGAAUGUUUACUAGCUCCAAUGGGCAAUGGCUGGCUGCUGUCAACUGUUUUGGGGACAUUUAUGUGUUUAAUCUAGAGAUAUACAGGCAACAUUGGUUUAUAUCAAGAUUGAGUGGUGCUUCUGUUACUGCUGGAGGUUUUCCUCCGAAGAACAGCAAUGUGCUUGUGAUCACCACAUCUGCAAAUCAGGUUUAUGUGUUUGAUGUGGAAGCAAAACAAUUGGAUAAAUGGUCAAGGAACCAAACCCGUCAUCUGCCAAGAAGAUUUCAAGAAUUUCCAGGAGAAACCAUUGGGCUUUCCUUUCCGCCUUCUAUUAAUUCAACUUCGGCGAUCAUUUACAGUGCAAGGGCUAUGUGUCUGAUCGACUUUGGGAUGCCUGUUGGUCAAGAUGACUAUUCUGAGUUGCCGAAUGGCCGCAAUCCAUCUUUGGAGAAGUAUAAUUCUUCCAAGAAGGCAAAGGCAAAAGAAAAAAGAAAGAGUAUCAUUGAAGAACUUGAACAAACGAAGAACAAGAAAUUUGAUUUCUUUGCGUUUGGAAGUCAGGUUUUAUUUUUGAGCCACCUUUCAGAUUCUUCUCUUUUUGUAGUAGAGAAAUCAUGGGAGGAAGUUCGAAAAACAUUUGGUGCUCCUGUCCACAGACGUAUAUUUGGAACUUAAGACCAAAGCAGUGAUGAUUUUCUACACAAGGUUAUUUUUCAUCAGGUCUGUAUGAGUGUAUCAUGUAUAAUAUUAAUACAGGGUGAUUCAAUUUUGAUCGGAAGUCGAAACCCA